GGGCAUCCGCAGGCAGCACUUCAGUCGGCCCUGGCGGGGUGGGGGUCUCGGCCCCUGUCCCCACGCCCAGACCCCGGGGCCUUCCCACUGAGAGCGAGGGAAUUCGCGGCUUGCAUCUGGAGAGGACAGGGAGCCCCUUUUAGCCCAGAUCUGCUGGAUUCUCGGGAGUCAGGUGAAAUCUGGAUACAGGGAAGGGCAGAGUGACAGUAAAGGGUACCCCGGAACCGACGCCCGACGCCUGCCGCCCCACGGGCUUCAUUCUUCCCCCUCCUCACGUCCUGGGGACUGGAGGUCCCGCCAGCUCCCCCCAGUGAAGGGCAAGGGGGCGCAUCGCAGAAUCGCCCCUGGUGCGCAGCGUAGUUGGUGGCCUAAGCCGUCUUCUCCGAGGGCUCAGCCAUCCUGGGCACUUGAGGCCAGGCAGGCGCUGCGGGGCUGGUUCAGUCGGUGGAGAAAAGAGUCUCUCAGCGUCAGCCUUUAGGGUUCGAGGCCCACGUGGGAAACUCGCUUUCUGGGUUUUGGCUUCCCUGGGGAGAAGGGAGGACCGGAGCCGGAGAAGCGUGAGGUGCGGCGAGAUUCGGCUCGACUUACAGACCUCAGCGCAGGACGUGGACGCCCUGCAAAGGAUCCCAGGCCCAUGAGCCGGACAAACCAGUCGAGUGUCUCCGAGUUCCUCCUCCUGGGACUCUCCAGGCAGCCCCAGCAGCAGCAUCUCCUCUUCGUGCUCUUCCUGAGCAUGUACCUGGCCACCGUCCUGGGGAACCUGCUCAUCAUCCUGGCCGUUAGCACAGACUCCCACCUGCACACCCCCAUGUACUUCUUCCUCAGCAACCUGUCCUUUGUGGACAUCUGCUUCUCCUCCACCACCGUCCCCAAGAUGCUGGCCAAUCACGUACUCGGAACUCAGACCAUCUCCUUCUGUGGCUGUCUCACACAGAUGUAUUUCGUUUUCAUGUUCGUGGACAUGGACAAUUUCCUCCUAGCUGUGAUGGCCUAUGACCGCUUUGUCGCCGUGUGCCACCCCUUACAUUACACAGCAAAGAUGACCCAUCAGCUCUGUGCCCGGCUGGUUGCUGGAUUGUGGGUGGUUGCCAACCUGAAUGUCCUUCUGCACACCCUGCUGAUGGCUCGACUCUCAUUCUGUGCAGACAAUGCCAUCCCUCACUUCUUCUGCGAUGUGACUCCCCUACUGAAACUCUCCUGCUCAGACACACACCUCAAUGAGGUCAUAAUCCUUAGUGAGGGUGCCCUGGUCAUGAUCACCCCAUUUCUUUGCAUCCUGGCUUCCUAUAUGCACAUCACCUGCACUGUCCUGAGGGUCCCAUCCACAAAGGGAAGGUGGAAAGCCUUCUCCACCUGUGGCUCUCACCUGGCUGUGGUUCUCCUCUUCUAUGGCACCAUCAUUGCUGUGUAUUUUAACCCUCUGUCCUCCCACUCAGCUGAGAAAGACGCUACGGCUACUGUGUUGUAUACAGUAGUGACUCCCAUGCUAAACCCUUUCAUCUACAGCCUGAGGAACAGGUACUUGAAAGGGGCUCUGAAAAAAGUAGUUGGCAGGGUGGUGUUUUCUGUCUGAUGAAAUAAUCAAGACUGAAUCUCAUUCCCAAGGAAAUUUACUUUUCACCAAUUGAGUUUAAUGCAGUAGUUGUUUCAUUAAAUGAUGUUCUUGCUAGUGACACAUGGGGGAGAUCUUAUUACUUAUACUAAGUUAAACUAUUAAUUAUAAUUUUUUUGAGACAGGGUCAUGCUCUGUCACCCAGGCUGGAGUGCAGUGCUGUGAUCUUGGCUCACUGCACCCUCCAUCUCCCAGGCUCAAGUGAUCCUCCUGCCUCAGCCUCCUGAGUAGCUGGGACCACAGGUGUGUGCCACAUGCCUAGCUAAAUUUUUUUUUUUUUUUGAGACGGAGUCUCUCUAUGUCGCCAGGCUGCAGUGCUGUUGCGGGAAGUCAGGGACCCUGAACAGAGGGACCAGCUGGAGCUGUGUCAGAAGAACAUAAAUUGUGAAGAUUUCAUUUUAAUAUGGACAUGUAUCGGUUCCCAAAAUUAAUACUUUUAUAAUUUCUUACGCCUGUCUUUACUGCAAUCUCUGAACAUAAGUUGUGAAGAUUUCACGGACAUUUAUCAGUUCCCGAAAUUAACACUUUUAUAAUUUCUCAUGCCUGUCUUUACUUUAAUCUCUUAAUCCUGUUAUCUUCGUAAGCUGACCAUGUACGUCACCUCAGGACCACUGCGAUAAUUCUAUCUAACUAUACAAAUUGAUUGUAAAACAUGUGUGUUUGAACAAUAUGAAAUCAGUGCACCUUGAAAAAGAACAGAAUAACAGUGAUUUUAGGGAACAAGGGAAGAUAAUCAUAAGGUCUGACUAUCUGUGGGGUCGGGCAGAAUGGAGCCAUAUUUUUCUUCUUGCAGAGAGCCUAUAAAUGGACGUGCAAGUAGGGAUAUCACUGAAUUCUUUUCCUAGCAAGGAAUAUUAAUAAUUAAGACCUUGGGAGAGGAAUGCAUUCCUCGGGGGAGGUCUAUAAAUGGCUACUCUGGGAGAGUCUGUCUUAUGCAGUUGAGAUAAGGACUGAAAUAUGCCCUGGUCUCCUGCAGUACCCUCAGGCUUAUUAGUGUGGGGAAAAAAACCCACCCUGGUGAAUUUAAGGUCAGACAGAUUCUCUGCUCUUGAACCCUGUUUUCUGUUGUUUAAGAUGUUUAUCAAGACAAUACAUGCACAGCUGAACAUAGACCCUUAUCUGGAGGUUUUGAUUUUGUCCUUUGCCUUGUGAUCUCUAUUGGCUUCAGAGACAUGUGAUCUUUGUUCUCCUUUUUGCCGUUUGACACCUGUGAUCUCUGUGACCUACUCCCUGUUCGUACACCCCCACCCCUUUUAAAGUCCUUAAUAAAAACCUCCUGGUUUUGCGGCUCAGGUGGGUCCUACCAAUAUGGGAUGUCACCCCCAGAGGCCUAGCUGUAAAA